GCGCGAGAGGGAGAGGAAGAGGAAGAAGAAGGGGAAGAAGAGGGGGAAAAAGAAGAGGGACGUGCCCUGGCAGGAGGGCCCCACAGAUGCGGGGCCCGGAGGGGCCAGUCCGCGGCGGCGUGACGCGAUGCGGACGUCCUCCUCCUCGCCCGCGAGGAAGAGGAAAGUGGUCUCGCCUAUCCUCGACCCUGUCCAAACUCUGCCUCCCUCGUUCCACGAUAGUUCCGCCCUGUCGCCCUUUGUCCUCGACGCUGUCCUCCGCUACCUUCGGCCUUCGUUCCCUCGAAGAUCCGAGGAUAACCGAGGUGGCGGGAACGAGACGACGACGGUGUCGUGGGAUUUUUACGACGAAGACGAAGACGAAGAGGGCGAGGGCGACGAGGGUGGUGGAAAGUGGAGGAAAAAUGGGGGAUGCGACUGGAGGGAAGGGGCGGUGCAGGGUAGGGGGGAGGGUUCGAAAAAGUGUUUGGCGACGAUGGUCGUGUUGCUCGGCCUGUUGUGCGGACAGUGGUGCGGCGGUGGGGCGGAGGCCCUCGCCGGUAGCCAGAAGUACAGCACGAGGACGGUGAGGACGAGGUACGGGACGUUGCGCGGCGUCGAGGAUAGAUCGUCCACCUCCGUGGAAACUUAUUACGGCGUCCCGUACGCCACACCCCCGAUCGGGGCGUUGCGAUACAUGCCACCGGUCACGCCGACCCCGUGGCGGGGCACCAAGCUGGCGGACACCAUGCCCCCCGCGUGCCCCCAGAACCCGCCGAAACCGGACUCGAGCCUGCCGCGCUCAAAACGCGCCUACCUCGAGAGGCUAGCGCCCAUGCUGGCCAACCAGAGCGAAGACUGCCUAUACUUGAACCUCUACGUGCCCAAAACUCCUCACGGUAGUACCCCAGACUUAUUGCCAACCCUUCUUCUGAUACACGGUGAUUCAUAUUCGUGGGGCGCUGGAAAUUCCUUCGACGGCACUGCGUUGGCUGCUUACGGUCGCCUUAUCGUCGUUUCUAUUAAUUUUCGUCUCGGCGUACUCGGCUUUCUGAAAACAGGCCCGAAGGGAAGCGCGCAAGGGAAUUACGGGUUGAUGGAUCUGGUGGCAGGGCUUCACUGGUUACACGAGAAUCUUGGCGCUUUCGGCGGUGACCCCGACCGGCUCACGCUGUUUGGCUACGGCACAGGAGCGGCGCUUGCCAAUUUUUUAGCCGUCUCGCCCAUGGUGAAAGAGUUGGUCGAGAGAGUGGUAUUGCUGGGCGGUUCCGCCCUGUCACCCUGGGCCAUACAGCGUGACCCGUUAAAUGUGAAACAUCACGUCGCCGAACAGACCGGAUGCCCUGGUAACGUCGAGGCUGACGAUAUCGCACCGUGCCUUCGUUUGCGCACUCUGGAGGAGCUUCUCGCCGUGCACUUGGACCCGCCGAGAUUCACCUUUGGAUUCGCUCCUUUCGUCGAUGGGGCGGUCAUGCCUCCGCCGAUCAAUCAGAAUUUCCAGCCAACCGCCUCCUCGUCGGGCCUGAUGCCCCUGGUUCCCGGCCCUGGAACCGAGUUCGCCAAUUUCGGCGAUCGAGACCUCAUGCUCGGAUUGACCUCCGAGGAGGCAUGGGUCAACCUCACCGACGAGGAUCUACAGAACGGACUGAACGAGACGAGGAGGGAUCGGAUUUUGCGCACGUACGUGCGGAACACGUAUCGUUACCACCUUCACGAGAUCUACUCGACCCUCCGUAACGAGUACACGGACUGGGAGAGGGGCGAGCAGAGCCCGUCGGCGAUCUGCGAUGGACUUUUGUCGUUGCUCGGCGACGGCCAGGUCGCCGCUCCCCUUCUAAGGCUGGCGCUGCUGCACUCGGCCUCGGGUGGACGCGGCUACUUCCUCCACUUCCAGCUGGGCGAGAGGCCGAGCCAAAGGGGCGAGGAGGUGCCCUACCUCCUCGGCAUACCUCUUCUCCGGGGAGAGAUCGUGUCCAUUUUCAUCGGCCAGGCCAACUACACCUCGGCCGACGAGAACCUGUCCAAACUGUUGGUCCACUACUUGGCCAACUUCGUGAGACGCGGGGAUCCGAACGGGGCGAGCCCCCUCACAUCGGGAUCGGACGGGCUCCCGACCAGCCCUCCUUUCUGGGAUUCGUACGACUCGAUAAAUCAGCUGUACCUGGAGGCCGGUCGCAGCACGGAAAUGCGGUCGCAUUACAGGGGCCACAAGAUGUCCCUGUGGUUGAAUCUGUUGCCGCAGCUCCAUCGGCCGGGCUACGAGAUCAGCAUGCGUCACCAUCACCUGGCCGAGAGCACGACCCUCUACGAAGGCGUGGUGCGGCCCCAGACCUUGGCUCAACCGUUGCCACCGCCCCCGCUCCCGGUUCCCUCGCCCACCGAGCCAUCCUCCAUCUCGAGCGUGGUGUCCACCACCGAGUGUACCCCGAACGCGACCGUCGCCACCACCGUGGCGACGACCACCACCCACGCCUCCAACGCCCACCCGAAUCUGGGCCCAGGGCCCAACAACAUCCUCAAGAAGCUUGCCUCGAAUCAUUACCAGAACUACACCACCGCCCUCUCGGUCACGAUCGGUGUCGGCGUGUUCCUCCUCGUGCUCAACAUCAUGAUAUUCGCGGGUAUCUACUAUCAGAGGGACAGGAACACGUCCUCGUCGAGGUCGUCCGCCUCGGCUUUCGGCAACAAGAAGAAGGAAGAGUUGUUGGAGGCCGGUUGCUCGGGCAUCGAGCCGCCCACGGCCAAGCAGAGGCUGUCCACGUUGAACUUGAUGGGCUCCCCGUCCUCCAGCCCCCCGCCGCACAAGGCGAAACUCGCCCAGGAGUUGGAGUUGCAGUUGCAGGAGUUCCAAUGCUCGCCGCCUCCAGGCGGCGGCAAGAGGGGGGUGUUGGAGCCGCCCCUCUACACGAGGAGCCCCUGCGUGCAGAGGACACGGACCCCGUCGCCUUGCGUGGACGCGACCACGGCCAGGAUGGACGACGACGACGACGACGACGAGGACGAGGACGAGGACGAGGACGAGGACGACGAGGAGGACGGGGACGAGGUGAACGACAACGGGGGAGUUAACAGCAGCGACGAGAACGACGACGAGAAUCUUCCUGAACCCCCGCCGCCCCCCAAGGUGCCGGCACCCAAUGUGAACCUGUCCUGUCCAGGUAUCCUCAGGCAACCGGGGACGCCUGGCAGCGCCAAGAAACGGGUUCAGAUACAGGAGAUUUCCGUCUGAGAAGAUCCAUCUUUUCUUUCUUCUUCCCCCUACUCUCGA